GUCUUGGCUCCGCCUCCCUCGCCUGGUUGUCAUAGUGAGGAGGUGUACAUCGAGACUCUAGGAGCCAAGGGCCGGAAACUAGAAGCGGUCGCCAUGGAGUACACAGGGAGCACAUUUAUCGGGGAAUAUGUAAAUAGGAGGAUGGAGGGCAAUGCUGAAUACAUCAUGCCUACUGAAACAAGAUAUGUUGGGGAGAUGAAGGACGGCAUGUUCCACGGCAAAGGAACCCUGUACUUCCCCAGCGGGAGCCGAUACGACGCUGUCUGGGAGAAGGGACUGGCUGUGAAGGGCACCUAUACCUUCGCAGACGGGCUGCAGUACGAUGCGGAGCACUGGCAUUACUGCGACAGCUAUGACCGGAGAUUUUACACCGAGAUCUGCUAUGGCUUGAGGCCUUCAGUUAUCUGUCAACUCACCAAUAUGGACCCACCCAGAAAAGUCCCCAAAGGCUGUUAUGAUUGUGGAGAUGGCUUCUACAACCCAGUCACAAGAAUCAUCAGGGACUACAGUAACCGCUUUCUGAGAAAUGCAGAUGAUGAUGAGCACGAGUGGAUCAUCCAGACAUGUCGGAAGGGUUAGGUCAAGGUUGUGGGUCACAGGCCCAAGCUGUGGACCCUUCAACCACCUUUAGGGCAGGUUUCCAUCGGCCCUGCAGGCUGGCCCUGGCUGGCCUAGUUCCAGUCCUAGACCCUCAGUUUUGACAGAAGAAUAAAGCCUUCAUGGAUUCA